CUUCCUUUCUCUCUCCUUCGGUUGAUACUUUGAUAGUGUUCGAUAACAGUAUCAAAUACUGCGCACGACCGGCACUGGGAGGAGAAGAGGGAGCUUCGAAGCAGAAACCAAAUCAAAGCAGAAACCGGAUCAAUGCGAUCCUGCAUCUGCUGUUGGUAAAAUCUCAAUUUUGACUACCUUGGUAUUUGGUGGUGCUUCUGUUAACAAUGAAUGAUAUGCUUUGGUCAAGUUUAUGCACUUAUUUGCAUAGGAGUCGGUGAAUACAGACAGAAUCUGAGUGCUCUCAAAGGAGUGAGUAUAGUGCUAAUAUGGGGCGACUAAAACUGCAAUCUGGAAUCAAGGCAAUUGAGGAAGAAACUGAAGAGUUUGAGACUACCUACUCAAACAAAUCUACUCUAGCAUGCAUCAUCAAUUCAGAAAUAAGUGCUGUAUUGGCAGUCAUGAGGAGAAAUGUAAGAUGGGGUGGUCGCUACAUAGCUGGAGAUGAUCAACUAGAGCACUCUUUAAUUCAGUCAUUGAAGGCAUUGCGGAAGCAAAUAUUCUCAUGGCAGCAUCAAUGGCAUGCCAUAAACCCUGCUGUAUAUCUCCAGCCAUUUUUGGAUGUGAUUCGCUCUGACGAAACUGGCGCAUCAAUCACUGGAGUUGCUUUAUCAUCUGUUUACAAAAUUUUAACUCUUGAUAUAGUUGAUCAGAAUACUUUUAAUGUUGAUGAUGCAAUGCACCUGGUUGUUGAUGCUGUAACUAGCUGCAGAUUUGAGGUGACAGAUCCUGCAUCGGAAGAAGUGGUGCUGAUGAAGAUACUUCAGGUUUUGCUUGCUUGUAUGAAAAGUAAAGCAUCCGUUAUGUUGAGUAAUCAGCAUGUUUGCACUAUAGUGAAUACAUGCUUUCGUAUAGUUCAUCAAGCGGGAACCAAGGGCGAGUUGUUGCAGCGCAUAGCUCGCUACACAAUGAAUGAACUUGUUAGGUGCAUUUUUGCACACCUUCCAGAUCUUAACAACUCAGAACAUGCGAUCCUUAAUGGUGUUAGUGCUGUCAAACAGGAGACUGAUGGGCCUGAGAAUGAAUAUUCAUUCGGGGCUAAACAAAUGGAUAAUGGCAAUGUUAAUUCUGAACAAUCAUCUGCAACCUUUGCUUCUGAUUCCACGGGUAUGGUCACCACUAUGUUGGAAGAAAAUUCGGUGGGGGCUGCUAGUAAGGAUGCUGUUUCAUAUGAUUUGCAGCUUAUGACAGAGCCUUAUGGGAUUCCUUGCAUGGUAGAGAUAUUUCACUUCUUAUGUUCUUUAUUAAAUCUUGUUGAGCAUACAGGAAUGGGUUCCAGGUCAAAUACUGUAGCAUUUGACGAAGAUGUGCCUCUUUUUGCCUUGAGCUUGAUUAAUUUGGCCAUAGAAUUGGGUGGACCUGCCAUUUGCCAUCACCCUAGACUAUUGAGUUUGAUUCAGGAUGAAUUAUUUCGUAAUCUGAUGCAAUUUGGUUUGUCAAUGAGCACGUUAAUCCUUUCAAUGGUGUGUAGCAUUGUUCUCAAUCUCUACCAGCAUCUGCGUACUGAACUCAAACUACAGCUUGAGGCAUUUUUUUCCUGUGUUAUAUUAAGGCUUGCACAAAGCAGAUAUGGUUCUUCAUAUCAGCAAGAGGUUGCCAUGGAGGCUCUUGUAGACUUCUGCAGGCAGAAGACAUUUAUGGUGGAAAUGUAUGCUAACUUAGACUGUGACAUAACUUGCGGUAAUGUCUUUGAAGAUCUUGCAAAUUUGUUGUCAAAGAGUGCAUUUCCAGUGAAUUGCCCUUUGUCAGCAAUGCACAUUCUUGCUUUGGAUGGUCUUAUCGCUGUUAUUCAGGGGAUGGCUGAAAGGGUGGGAAACGGAUUGGUUAGUUCAGAGCAUACUCCAGUGCAUCUUGAGGAAUAUACCCCAUUCUGGAUGGUGAAGUGUGAUAACUACAGUGAUCCUAGUCAUUGGGUCCCUUUUGUCCGUCGGAGGAAGUACAUCAAGAGAAGGUUGAUGAUUGGAGCUGAUCACUUUAACCGUGAUCCUAAGAAAGGACUGGAGUUUCUUCAAGGAACACAUCUUUUACCGGACAAACUGGAUCCUCGAAGUGUGGCCUGCUUUUUCAGGUAUACUGCUGGAUUAGAUAAGAAUCUUGUUGGGGAUUUCCUUGGAAAUCAUGAUGAAUUUUGUGUUCAGGUUCUUCAUGAGUUUGCUGGAACUUUUGAUUUUCAAGAUAUGAAUCUGGAUACUGCACUGCGGUUGUUUUUGGAAACUUUUCGUCUCCCUGGAGAAUCACAGAAGAUACAAAGAGUGCUUGAGGCGUUCUCGGAAAGAUAUUACGAGCAGUCGCCUCAUAUUCUAGCUAACAAGGAUGCUGCUCUUUUGUUAUCUUAUUCGCUUAUAAUGCUUAACACAGAUCAGCACAACAUACAGGUGAAGAAAAAGAUGACAGAAGAAGAUUUCAUUCGGAAUAAUAGACACAUAAAUGGAGGAAACGAUCUUCCUAGAGAAUUCCUGACAGAAUUAUAUCACUCGAUAUGCAAGAAUGAAAUUCGAACAACGCCGGAGCAAGGUGCUGGUUUCCCUGAAAUGACUCCUAGCCGUUGGAUUGAUCUAAUGCACAAAUUGAAGAAAACUUCUCCAUUCAUUGUAGCUGAUUCCAGAGCCUACCUUGACCAUGAUAUGUUUGCCAUAAUGUCAGGUCCAACAAUUGCUGCAAUUUCCGUUGUAUUUGAUCAUGCAGAACAUGAGGAAGUUUACCAGACAUGCAUUGAUGGAUUUUUAGCUGUUGCAAAAAUUUCAGCUUGCCAUCAUCUUGAAGAUGUAUUGGAUGAUCUUGUUGUGUCGUUAUGUAAGUUCACAACUCUUUUGAAUCCUUCAUCUGUCGAGGAACCGGUGCUAGCUUUUGGUGAUGACAUGAAAGCCAGGAUGGCAACCGUGACGGUUUUUACCAUUGCAAAUAGGUAUGGUGAUUAUAUCCGUACAGGUUGGAGAAAUAUUCUGGAUUGCAUCUUACGAUUGCACAAACUUGGUCUUCUUCCAGCUCGUGUGGCCAGCGAUGCUGCUGAUGAGUCAGAGCUUUCUGCCGACCAUACCCAUGGAAAACCUCUUACAAAUUCUCUGUCUUCAGCCCAUAUGCAAUCUAUUGGAACUCCUAGGCGAUCCUCUGGGCUUAUGGGCCGAUUUAGUCAGCUCUUGUCACUUGACACUGAGGAGCCAAGAUCACAACCCACCGAACAGCAACUUGCUGCUCAUCAACGAACCCUUCAAACUAUUCAAAAAUGCCAUAUUGACAGUAUAUUUACAGAGAGUAAGUUCUUGCAAGCUGAAUCUUUGUUGCAGCUUGCACGAGCUCUGAUAUUUGCUGCAGGACGACCCCAAAAAGGGAGCAGCUCUCCUGAGGACGAAGAUACUGCAGUUUUCUGCCUGGAGUUACUGAUUGCAAUUACCCUGAAUAACCGGGAUCGAAUUUUCUUACUAUGGCAGGGUGUUUACGAGCACAUAGCCAAUAUUGUUCAGUCAACUGUCAUGCCUUGUGCUUUGGUAGAGAAGGCUGUUUUUGGGCUGUUACGAAUCUGUCAACGCCUGCUUCCUUACAAGGAGAACCUAGCUGAUGAACUUUUGAGGUCGCUUCAACUUGUGUUGAAAUUAGAUGCCCGGGUAGCUGAUGCAUACUGCGAACAGAUUACGCAAGAGGUUAGCCGCCUUGUGAAAGCAAAUUCUUCUCACAUUAGAUCUCAGAUGGGAUGGUUCGUGAUUACAUCCUUACUUUCUAUUACAGCUCGGCAUCCGGAAGCAUCUGAAGUAGGAUUUGAUGCACUAUUGUUCAUUAUGUCUGAUGGAUCCUACUUAUUGCCAGCCAAUUACAUUCUGUGUGUGGAUGCGGCAAGGCAGUUUGCAGAGUCUCGUGUGGGACAGGCAGAACGCUCUGUACGAGCUCUAGAUCUUAUGUCGGGUUCUGUUAAUUGUUUGGCAAAGUGGACUCACGAGGCUAAGCAAACUGUGGGGGAGGAGGAAGUGGCAAAAUUGUCUCAGGGUAUUGGGGAGAUGUGGUUAAGACUUGUGCAGGGAUUGAGAAAAGUUUGUUUGGAUCAGAGAGAUGAUGUUAGAAACCAUGCUCUUCUAUCAUUGCAGAAGUGCUUGACAGGAGUAGAGGGGUUCCACCUUCAGCAUGGUUUGUGGUUACAGUGCUUUGAUCUUGUUAUCUUCACAAUGCUCGAUGACUUGCUUGAAAUUGCUCAGGGACAUUCCCAGAAAGACUUCCGAAACAUGGAAGGCACUCUCACUCAUGCUCUGAAGCUUCUUUCAAAAGUGUUUUUACAAUUGCUCUAUGACCUCUCACAGUUAACGACAUUCUGCAAACUAUGGCUAGGAGUGCUAGGCCGAAUGGAAAAGUGCAUGAAGGUUAAAGUAAGAGGGAAGAAAAGCGAGAAGCUUCAGGAACUAGUGCCCGAACUCCUUAAAAACACCUUGCUUGUGAUGAAGACAAAAGGAGUACUUGUACAGAGGAAUGCCUUAGGCGGGGAUAGUCUGUGGGAAUUAACUUGGCUGCAUGUGAACAACAUUGCUCCAUCUUUGCAAUCUGAGGUCUUCCCCGAUCAAGAUUUUGAACAGUCACAGCUUAAGCAGGGUGAAACUGUUGGAGGUUUGGUGGACGAAACCAUCAAUUCUUCAAAUGACACUUUGGUCACUGAGGGGUCUGGGACUGGAGGUUAGCGUAGCCCGUACCAUUCUGAACCUAAAUUGAUUGUUCUGUUUUAGAUUGAGCUGAGCUCACUUGAUAAAAGCAGUGUGAUGGUAUAUUCUGGGUGAGUGGCCCAAUCAUUAGAAUCUUUUGGGAAACUCUGAAAGUUUCAGCUUGUGCUGUGUCGGUUCGAAUUGUUAGUCAGAAGUUAUAGUUUAGAGAUGUGGACAGUUUCCUGUCACUCCCUAGCCAACUUCGUUUUGGGUCAUAUGAAUGCCUCCAUCAAAUCUGGUUGUUACCCAUUAUGAGGGAUUUGGUCACGUUUGUAGGGUCAAAAGGGUUUUGCCAUGUUUGGUUUUUUAUUGCCUCGAUCAUUGAUGUACUCAAGUCAUAUGAGUUAAAAGUCUUAACUACUUGUUCAAAUUAGAGCUUGAUUCUGCAGGAUAUUUUGUAGUGUCACGUUUUGGUGUGGGGACUUCUUCAUACAGCACUUGUAUGUAUGAUGUGCAUGAACUGAAUUCGUCGCCUUAUAAAGAAAGCUCUACAAAGUGUAGUUAAUUAUUCAGGUUUAAAA